GUUGUCGAAAAUUGUGAAUGCCGGAGAGGCAGAUUGGAAUCCCAUUAAGGAUUAUUGUUUUGGAAGAUAAAAAACAAUACAUGACUUACAAGCAAGAGGAAGAGUUAAAAGCACAAGAUAGAAGACCUUUUGAUCUUUUGGUCAUCCUCAACCCCAAGCUCAAGUACAACACCAAUAGAACUGCACUCUUUUUUGAAGGCUGCUUGAGUGUGGCUGGAUACUGUGUUGUGGUAGAGCGGUACCUUGAUGUUGAAGUUGCAAGUUUUGAUCGUUACGGUGAACCCCUCAAAAUAAAUGCUACUGGUUGUCAGGCCCGGAUCUUACAACAUGAGUGUGAUCACCUGGAUGGAACACUGUAUGUUGAUAAGAUGGUACCUAGAACUUUCAGAGUUCUAGAGAACAUGUAUAAGCCUCUCGCCCAUGGGUGCCCCAAACUUGGCCCCCGCUAA